AUGGGACCAUUGAAACGAAAGGUCUCCGAUGGCGGUGGCGGCGUCGAACCUAGGGACUGGAAGAAGACGCAAUAUUCGUGCCGGGAAGAACCAGACAAAGUUGCUGUCUGGGCUUGGGUUCUUCAGUUGCGCGAACAGACAAUGGGGGAGCCACCACGAAUGGGACCAAUAACCGUAUUUGACAUCGCCUCUCCUCACGGGGGUCCCACGGUGUAA